GCUCUAGGGAAUUCCGAAUGAGGAAGGAAGGAAACCAGUCCAACACCUACGCAAUUCUGGGUCCUGUUUCGCCCAAGCAAAUGCUGGCUUUCUAGAUUCUAGUCUCUAGGCUCAGCUGAAAGUCCAGAAGAAGGUGGGAUUUCCUGCCCAUACCAAAGAAGCAGCUGUACCUUUCACAGGGGUGUAGGAAUGGCUGAGGAGAAUUCUGCGGCGGAGGCGCUGGAGUCGAUGCACAUUUCACAUCCAGGAACUGACAAUGCUGGAGCGGCUGGCCAAGAGAAGGAAAAGGAGCUGAAUCAGGCCACUUUCUUCCACUGCGUCGAAGCACAGAAUGCAAAAACUCUGCAGAUCCUGACUCGGACAAGACAGGUGGAUGUCAAUGCCGUCAAUCAAGAGGGGUUGACUGGUUUGCACAUUGCCGUGAGUCAAUAUGACAAAACCCGGAACACCGACAUUGUAAAGAUUCUGCUGGAGGUAGGGGCAGACAUCAACAAGAAGGCAGCUGACAAGGCAGCAGACAAAUUCCUGAACAUUGUCCGCGUGUCAGAUUCCAAGCAUGGCAAAGAGGAGACGGCCAAGAUCAAGGUCAACGGCAUGACGCCCCUGCUGUUGGCUCUGGAGCUCAAGUCUUCGCUGUAUGUUAAAGGGAUGGAGUAUCGCCACUGGGACGCCAUGCUGUCGGUCCUGGCAGCCGCCACCAUCAAGCAGGCCUCCAACGCCGACGUACAUGCAGCGACACAGGAGGCCGAGCACACCGCCUCGCUGGCGGCAUUGCAGCAGGGCUGGGCCGCCGUGUUUGACAGCGGGGCGCACGAGCUGGUGGACCUGCGGGCGGAGGGGAAGGACAUCCCGGCGUUGAAGCAGAUCGUUAUGCACUCCUCCAAGCGGUGGAAGCGCGAGAUCGAGUCACAGGACUCCACCGCGCGCUCGUCUCUCACGCGGGGCGGCCUGCUGCUCGAGGUCAAAGAAGCAUCGUACACCGUCAUCCAACACCUGGUGCGCUACCUGUACUCCGGGCUGGGAGACGACGAGUUUGUCAAGACCAGGGGGGCCGACGUCUUCCUAGCAGCCUACAGGUACGAGAUCCCGGACGUGUGCCAAGUGUUGGAGAAGAAGCUCGACAUCACCCCGGACAACUGGAUCAAGGUGUUGUCGGUGGCAAUCGUUGCCGGCUCGUCCCUACUCACUCUGCGCGUGGCCCAGUCCAUCAAGCACCUCUUGGAUAAGCGCCUGUCCUUCUCUCACAUUCGCCGGCCCUCGUUCUCUUACAUGGAGUUACCCCCUCAUCAGCCGUUUGGCAAAGCGGAGAACGAGAGUGCUGAGAACCUGCGAAAGAUUGAGGAGAGCAGCCGGGAUUAAGGGGUACCGCGCCGAUAGAUUGGGCGCGUCACGCAAGGUUCUGCAAAACGAGAUUCAAAAGACUCUUAAGGGGAGGAAUACUAACACUAAGAAAGUUUCGCCAGGUUCUGGAUGCAUGCUUUAACGAUCAUACACAAUUUUGUGGAUAAACCAUUAAGGCCCUCAAGGGUGUACUAGACUACUAUAUAUAUGGUGAGUACGAUAGAUAAUGCUUUUGGGGGAGUUGAACGGCUAGACGCAAGUGGCCGCAUGUAUGAUACAAGAAAGCGCAAUGAGCAAGAGUGUAGGCAAGACAUGGGUUUAUGGGGGCUAUGAGAAAUAUCAAAUAUAUGCAGAUAAGGGGCUAAGAGAUACACGGCGGUUUUGAUUGCGGGGCCAGAAAAGCUUGAAAGUUCGACUUUGUAAUCAGGACGGUACAAUAUUGACACGGCUUAUAUAUAAAGAUUUGAUAUGAGGAAUCCGAUAAAGAAGGGCAACUUGCAUUUGCGAAAUGCUGCCGAAGUUAAUCCUGUCUG